AGAAUGACGCCCCCCAAGAGUCGGCUGCGGCCGAGGACCAGCCUGAAGAUGCCGAGGUAGAGGGAGAGGUCGCGGCGGAGCCCACUUCUUCCAAGAACAAGAAGAAAAAGAAGAAGAAGAAGAACAACAAGAGCGAGAGCCAGAUAACCUCGCCGAUAGACUCCACCGACAGCGUCGCCGCAGCUGAGAUCAAGGCGGAGGGGGCAGAAACCGCCGAGCCAGCGGAGCAAGACACCACAGUUACCCCCCCUCCCGAGGAGUCAAAUGUGGUAGCCGAAGACGAGGUGAAGAAGGACAAGAAGAAGAAAAAGAAGAAGAAGAAGAGCAGCCCCAAGAACUCCGAGACAGAUGUCGCCUCUGAUGGCGCUCUCGACCCCGCCCAGCCCCCGUCGCCGCCGGCCACAGACGAGGGAAGAGGUGAGGACGAGGCUACGCCAGUUGCUGAGGAGAACGCCGAGGCCGAGACUGCAGUCCCAGAGGCUGAGACUGUUGUCGAAGCGCCCAAGGACGACAAGGCGGCUGAGCCUGAGCAGUCACACGACCCUGCUCCCGUUCCCGAAGAAGAAAAGCCGGAGGCAGAAGCUCACCAAGAAGAGGCCAACACUGCUGAAGAAGAAGUGAAGCCUACCGAGGAAUCAGCUGCUGUCACUGCAGAGCCCGAACACGCGGAACCAGAGGCGGAAGCCGCUAAGGAGCACGAGCACGAGCACCAGCACCAGCACGAGCAUGAGCAGACCCCCAAGGCUGAGGAGCUUGAGCACGAGCACGCUCCCCAGGAGAGUGAGUCUGCAAAGGAGCCAGAGUCGGUGCCUGCUGUCCACGACAAUGCCCUAGCCGAAGAGUCUCACGAGACUGCGGCAGGUCACGACGAGAAGCCGGUUGAGGAGACUGCUCACACGGAAGAUACCCCCGCACCUGCUGAGGCUGAAAACUCGACUGAGGAGCCCUUGAACCCGGCCGAACAUCAGGAGGCUGGAGAUUCACAUGCACCGGAAGAGCAUAAGGAGAAUAUCCAGGUUCCCGAGUCGACUGAGGCGGAUAAGGCGGAGGAAAACCAUGCAGAGGUCCAGGCCGAAGAGCAUCACUCGGAAGAGGACAAGCAUGUCGAGGAAGCCAACACCUCCGACGACAAGCAUGCCGAAGAGGGCAAGCCCUCGGAGGAGGCCGCGCCUGUUGAGGAAGAGAAGCUUCACGAAGAGGAGAAACACUCUGUGGAGCACGAGCCGUCCGAGGAGGCUCAACCUGCUGAUGAGGUGAAGCCUGCCGAAGAGCAUCACUCCAACGAGCAGAAGCCUGCUGAGGAGGAUAAGCCUGCCGAGGAGGAUAAAACUGCCGAGGAGGAUAAGCCCGUCGAGGCAGAGAAGCCUGUCGAGGAACCUCAUCACUCUGAAGAGGCUAAGCCUACCGAAGAGGCUGCUCCUGCUCAUGAGGACAAGUCUUCUGAAGAGGAGAAGCUUCACGAAGAAGUUCACCACUCGGAGGAGACAAAGCCCGCUGAGGAGCAGCACUCCGAGGAGCAGCACUCUGAAGUGGCGCCUGCCGAGGAAGAGAAGCCUGUUGAGCACGAACAGCACUCCGAAGAAAAGCCUUCCGAGGAGAAGGUCGAGGCUGAAGACAACAACGCCGAACCCGAGACCAAGGAAGAGCCGGUUGCCGAGCCUGCCGCAGAGACCGCCCCUGAAGAGACCUCUCAUGUCGUUGAAGAGCAUGCUGCUGAAGCUGCCCCUGAAGAGCCUGUCAAGGAAACUGGAGAGCAUGAUGUGAACGCCGCCGAGGCCUCGGAAGAAGUCGCCAAGGAUUCCACCACCGAGGAGGUUUCUGCCCCUGAAGAGAAAGCACCAGAGACCGCAGAGCCCGAAAAGCACGAGGAAGAAGCACAGACUCAGCGUGAAGCCGAAGUGGUUCCUAAAUCGACAGCCGAGCCCGAGUCAGACGCCAAAUCCGCCCUUGAGGAACCAAACACUGCCCAAGAGGAGACUCCCGUGUCUGAAGAGAAACCUAAAGAAUCUGUCACUGAACACGAAACUGCCGCUGCUGAGGCCGAGACCAAAGCCGACGAGGCCAACGUCGAAGCUCCUCAGGAGACGGAGGCCGUUAAGGAGACUGCCGCCGAGGAGGCUCCCGAGAUCAAUGUGACUGAGUCUCAUGAGCCUGUCAGUGAGGUCCAUGCUGAGGAAGCCAAGCCUGCUCCCCAAGGCGAGGAAGCCGAGCACACUCACGACACUGAAGCUGCCAAAGAAGAGGUUCACGACGAGCCCGUCGAAGCUCACGAGACUGAAGCUCCUGCCAAUGGCUCUGAGGACCACAAAGACGAGGCUGCUACCGAGGCUGAGGUCACUCACGUAGAGGAAGCCGCUCCGGCUGAGGCUAAGGCUGAGGAAGUUGAACCCGAAUCUGACGUUCAGAAGCCUGCAGAGACGCAUGUUGAGUCAGAGGUAACCUCUCACGAGGAGCCCGCUGUUGAGCAGUCCGUGGUCUCUGAGGAACCUUCUGUUUCUGCCGCAGAGGCUACUGAGUCUGAAGUUUCUAAGCAUGAGUCAGAGGUUGCUCAACUUAACGAAUCUGAAGUUUCUAAGGACGAGUCAGAGGUCGCUCAUCUUAACGAGUCUGAGGUCUCUAAGGAGGAAUCAGAGGCUGCUCACGUCAACGAGUCUGAAGUCUCCAAGGAUGAGUCAAAGGUUGCUCACGUCAACGAGUCUGAAGUCUCCAAGGACGAGUCAGAGGUUGCUCACGUCAACGAGUCUGAAGUCUCCAAGGACGAGUCAGAGGUUGCUCAAGCUACCCAUUCUGAGGUCGAGACUCCUGCAGAGGAUGCCAAAAAGUCUGAGGAGGCCGCCGCUGUCGAGCCCACAUCCGACGUGACUCAGGAGAAGCCCGAAACCAUGGAAAGCGAAAUUACCACCGAGGAACACGCUGCACCGGCCGAUACUGAAGUCGCAACCUAUGCUGAGGUCGUCGCCGACUCUGAGCCUGCUACUGCAUCCGAGGUAGUCACUGAAUCUGAGGCUGCUGCUGAAUCUGAGGUCGCUCCUCAGCCGAAGGUUGUUGCCGAGCCUGAAGUUGCCACUUAUGCUGAGGUCGCUGCCGAAUCUGAAGUCGCUACCGAAUCUGAAGCCGCUGCUGAGCAGGAGCCCUCUCAUGAGCACCAGCCGACUGAAUCCACUGUUUCCGAACCUGUACACGAGGAAGAGAAGCAUGUGGAUGAGGUGCCCGAAGUUGUUGCCCCGGCUGAAGUUGAGGAGCCUGCUGAUGUCGAGGCCGUCCACGAAGCCGCCUCCGAGGUAACUGAAGACUCCAAGCCUUCUCAUGUCGAUGAGAUCACAGCAGAAGCUCCGAAGGAGGUUGAGACGCCAUCCGUUGUCGAAGCACCAGUCGCAGUCCCAGCUGAGAUUGAGGAGCACUCUCCAGCUGAGGUAGAGACACAGUCUGAGGUGUCGCAUCCUCCAGCUCCCGUGGCUGAAGAGGCUCACGUUGAAGCUGAAUCCGUGCCUGCUGUGGUGGAAAGCGAAGAGGCACCCGUCCAAGAGCCAGUGGAGGAAGUUGUGCAGCCUGUGACUGCUGAGGUGGAGGCGCCCAAACACGCCGAGGAAGAAGAACACAAGGAUACUCUGGGUCCUAUCUCAGUCGAGAAGAAUGUGGUAGACAAAGUCAGGAAAGUUGAGGAGCCUGUUGUUUCUUCCAAAUCCGAUGUGGAGGCCGUUGCUGAGCCGCUGCCUUCUCACAAUGCGGAGGAUGCUGAGAAGACCUUGGCACCAGCUCUGCCGGAGGAGUUCGACAAGGUUGCUCUGUUUGCCGGAGCUGCUGCGGCUACCACAGCCGCCACGGCUGCUGUGGCGGCUGCCGGGAUCAUUCAUCACAAAUCCGAUGACUCCCAACGCGACAACUCGGCCGCAGUUGAAGGUGGGCACAAGGGAACCGCUCCGGAGUCUGUUGCUCCCGA